AUGUUGGUUGACGGCGGGGCCAGGUUGAGUCUGAUUUCCGCCAAGGUCAUCAGCAAGUUGCAGAUAACAAAAGAAGAGCUGAAGGUUACUGUCACCUUUCAAGGUAUCAACCCUGGCAGGAGUCGUCCAAAGGGGAAGAUCAUGCUGCUAGUGACAUUUGGAGGAGAAUUGACCUACCAGACUGAAAAGAUUGUGUUCGAUGUGGUCGAGCUUCCGUUUCCGUACAAUGGGAUACUUGGACGACCUGCCUUGGCAAAGUUCAUGGCGGCAUCCCACUAUGCCUACAACACUCUGAAGUUGCCUGGACCAAUGGGCGUUAUUUCUAUCCCUUCAGAUAAGAAAGACGCAGUUAUGUGCGUGGAUAAGUUGUACCGGGAGACGGUCGCUGCCGAGGCCGUGGAACCCGUUCCCAGGGAGGCAAUGGAGCACCACCUUGCUGUCUACCCCUAUGCCCGGCCUGUCAAGCAGAAGGUCUGGAAGGAAGCUUUGGAGCGGUAG